UAGUAUGUGUAAAGCGCAUACGUAUGUGUGUAUGUGUAUGUGUGAGUGUGUGCGUGUAUGGGUGCGAUUGAGAUUCUGUAGAGACUUUUUUUUAUUUAUAUUUUUUUAAUUAUACACACUUCAGCUUGAUCGUCCGUCUGGCGUUUGGACAUGAGUUUGUUUGCAUGGAGCUGAACAUCUCUGAAUAGACUCAUUGACUGUUCUUAGAAAGAGGUGAUCAGUCCAGACCUUAUGUAUCAGAUAUGAAUCUGUAAUUUGAAGAAGUGAUCUUAAACAAAGCUGAGAACAAUCAGAAGAAACAGACAGAAUGCUGAAGACCCUUACUAAAAAACUUAGAAGACACUCUCUAAAUGAGAUCCAUCCUUUUCAACUUAAGGCAAAUCAAAAAAGGAAUGCACUUGCUGAAGUUGAAAUACAAAUUUCUUACCAUGGCAGUGAGGAAGGAGGGGAGAGUGAAGACUCAGAAGGUGAAAACCAAGAGCUGGCACAGAUUGACAGAGAGCGCCGGCGGAACUGUGCCUUGACCCCUCUAGCCACUAGCCAGCAGCACAACCAGGGCAUUCUUUCUCCCGCCCACUUACGGCGUCUCCGUUUAUUCCUGGACCCAAUCCUGGACCAUCACAGUUCUGAAGAGGAGCUUGAGCGCAUCGCAGGAGCUACGGCGGCCGAAGGGGGCCGAAAGUGGCACAGACAUGGAGACAUGAGCAGCGCAUCUAGUGACGAGGAGGUGAAGGACCUGUGUGGGCCAAAUGAAUCGUCGGCUGGACCUCGCUUGAGCGCCACCUCUCCCAGCCCCGUUCUCUUCAGCUCCUCCCCUCCUCGAGCUCUCAAGCCUUCCCACACCCCAGCCCGCCUACCUGUCCGGCCCAUCAUUCUCAGCCACUUUGAACAACCUUCCAUGCCUUACUGGAGGCACCGGCCCGCUUACACAGGAGAACCUGGUCGCCCCAGCUUGGACCUGGAGAAAAUGCAGCAGAAAAUGCUUCUAAAAAAGAACUGUGGAGGGAAAACAAGGACUAUCAAGAUUCGGAACCUGAGUGGUGGCCGCCACGCACCCCGAUAUUCCUACGAUCCAUCCAUCUUCGCUUUCCGCCCUCUGAGCAACGCUCCACCCUGCAGCCCCCUGCUCCCUGCUGAGGAACCUCCGUGUGCUUGAGGGAAAGGACUGGAAUCUCGCAGAGACAAAACAUCACAAAUUUGUGGACCAAAAAUUCCCAACAUAAAGACAAUGUUUGUUUGCAUUGCCUUUUAUUUUGCAGGAUAUUAGUGUGAACAAAGACCCUGUGAUAAGGCCUGUUGACAAAACAGGAAGUGUGAUCAGGGCCAGAAUGUAGAAGAGGAAUGAGGAGACGGCAACUUUUUGCCUUUAGCCGUCUCAUCCUCUUUAUCUCUCAGGAAACCCACUUAGAACUUAUAACAAGGCCAUGACCACUGCGCUUUUUUAAAACCACAACUGAAUGGUUUGGUUACUCUGAUGUGUUUAAUGGGAGUGAGCAGAGAUUAGUCAGUGGUUCGUAGAUAACGUCUCAUGAUUGGGCCACAUGGUUAUGUUGAGAUCAUCGGAUAGCGAGUAAAAUGUAAGACCAAAUUUAGAUUGCAUUUGGUUUAGACAGCAAAAUAUGAUGAGAGACAAUCAGUUUAAUGCCAGAAUGGGCCUUAAUUCAUUUUUGAUAAAAUAGUUUUUCGAUCUAUAAACAAUGUAAACCGGAAAGCACAGGGCAGAUAGUCCAAGUCAUUGUUCAACUUCAGAUGUUAUGUAAGUCUGACCAUAACAAUAAAUCAGUUAUCAGAGCUGAUUAUCUGAUGUGUAUUCCAAAGUAAUUAAAUCUUAAGUGAAGAACAAAAAAAAA